UUUCUGUUCUGUGCCCCGGGCUGCCGGCGGCCCAAAGGUGUUCGUUUUUUCUUCUCUUUUUUGCGUACCCCCCCACCCGCACUCAUCUCGCCAAGGGAAAAAUGAAAAGAAAAGAAAGAAAACCCUUCCCCUCGCAAGAACCCUCGUCUCUUCCCUCUCCGGCGGCGGCGGGUGGCUGGACGGGUUCUGGGAUGGAAAUCCAAGGCGAUGACUGUGACACAGUGAGACUCUACCCAGAUCCAGGCCCAGACCCAGGCCUACGCCUUCUGCUGUCCUGUUGGAAGAAACGGCUCGGCCAAGGCGGCGGCGGAAGCCGUGGCGCCGCGCGAACCAGCCGCAAGAAAGGGAAGUCGAUCAUCAAGAUGGAAGACGACCAAGGGGAGGCAAGCGAACUCCAACGAGGCGGUGGCACUCUGCUACCCGAAUCGAAGAAGAACAAUUUGCUUGCGCGCGCAAAUCGAUUCCUUCUGAAGUUCAGCUUCAAAAAGCUCAAGGCCUUCAGGUACCCUUCGAAGAAGCAAAAGUUGCUACCCCCCACAUCCAUUCAGGUGGAGAAGAAGUCGUUGCUCCCAGAUCCUGAGACCGAGCUAGUGGUGCUACUGCAGAGUCUGGUUCUGAAUUUGAGCCUCCCACAGAUUAUGGGACAGCACCUGCGUUCUCCUUCGAGGAGCAGAUCACUUCGUUGGAGCUGGAACCCCCAAUCCCAAUGGAGAAGACCACGGAGCUGGCUGAGCCGGAGCCUUUAAUCCAGAACAUGGCAGAUCCUGAAACAGAGACAGAGUCACAGCUUUUGGCAGAACCUGCUGCGCUUCCCACAGAAUCUGAGUUUCAGCCGGUGCUUGGGGACCAGUUCACUCCGCCUGGCCAGAGCUCAUGUUCCCUGCCAAGAAGCAAAAGUUGCUGCCCCUCACAUCCAUUCAUGUGGAGAAGAAAGAUCUUGAGACCGAGCUGCUGGUGCUUACCGCCGAGUCUGAGUCAGAAUUUGAUGAUAAUGAGUUGAAGGAUGAACGAGACUUCUACUUGGAGAAGAAGCAGAAGAUGCCGAUGAUGCAGCUAGGACCAUUGGUGGACAUGAUUGAUCUUAUAAGAAAUCCUAGUCACACCAAGUGGGAAUACUCGGAGACUCAUCAGAGCUCUCGAGCAGGAGCUUGCUUUGAUGGAGAAGACUCCAUUGCCAGGGUCAGAGCUCGAUUUUUGUGAUGAGGCUCCGGUGACUGACUUGAAGGUCGAAGUGGGGCACCCGAAGGACCUUGCCGAGACGGAGUCAGGCACCAGUGAUACAGUGGAGUCAGAGUAUGAGUCAUAUACUCUGACAGACACGGGGGACAAGGACUCUGUACUGAUGCUCGCAUUGGAGGAAGUGGACCAGUUUAUGGAGCCAGAUCCAGAGCUCACUGCGCAGGAGAAGAUACUCCGUGUCCUUCACCUCGUCAGCUGCAAAAAUCUCACCGAAUAUGAUCCUCGUCAGUAUGACUUUGUUUGCACCAGGUUUUCGAGGUUUAACAUAGCUCUCUUCGAUCUUGACGAAGAAUCGGAAGCUAUGAAUGGUCCUCCACUUCAGCAGCUUUCUUGUUCUCAGUGGCAUUCUACUGAAGAUUCAUCGCUUAAUGUCAUCUCGGUGAAGAUCACGGAGUCCGAUGUGGGCUACCCGAUUGAUGUCUUUGGCACCGUGAUUGCCAGAGACGAGGUUGACUACAAAUGUAUUUCUCUGUACCGGCGCGAACGAGACGAGUCGCAGCGCAUCCACUCGGCGGAGGACAUGUUAACUUUGACAGGACCGUCUCGUGGAUUUGCAGCGUCAGAUGGAAUGUUUUUCGAGAUCAACCUGAUGUAUAAGGGUGACGGGGCCACUGAUGACACCCAACUGAGUAAGGGUGUAGCUGAAUACCACAACGAACCCUUUGACCUUCGGCCUGUCACGGUGGUGCUAAGCAGUUGGUUGAGCAGGGUGGAACUGCUAUGCCUGCCUGUCCCUUAUCCUACCGCUGCUGUCAUUGAAGUGAAGAUCUUAAAUGGAAAUCGCAUUUUUAUUGGGAAAAUAUUUGCCUGGAGUCCUGGAAAUGAUGCAAACAAAAUGCUACUCUAUUCACAUGAUUGUGGUGCAGAUCAUGCUUUGAUUGGAGAUGGUCAUCGCGUGACCCUGGCUCGUAACUUGGUCGCUGUUCCAAUUGGUGAAGACAUUGCGCUCCAUAUUUGUUUUAUGGAUCAUGGUGGCGGUGAAGUAAAUGUGGUGAAGAUUUCGUACCCACAAGAAGAAAUGUUUUGCGAACACGGUUCGUAUGAGCUGCAAUUGAAGGUGGAGUGGAGAUCCAUGCUCAGCAUGCCAAUGGCGGAUGCGAUAUUAAAGAGAUGGGCUUCUGUGCCAGUGAGGCAUUUAAGCUCUCAGAAGCUUUAUAUGUCUAGUCCCUGAGUGAAGCCAUGUUAGGCUGAACAAUUUUUCAUUUUCGCUGUGUUUAUUUUAUCUUGAUGUUAUCUGGGUAUGUUGCUGAAAUGUUGAGACAUGUGUCUUUUAUCUAUUGGAAGUUGCGUACUGCGUCCA